UUUUUUUUGAAGACGGCCACCUCCAAGUUCGACGUUCUGCGACGUAGUGCAGGGAAGUGACCCCUAUCAAGGACUCGUUUCACCACUGUUAAUUGCCAGCUCAGAAAAGAUCCACGACCUUGUCUUUCCUUUAGUUUUUUUAUUUUUUUAAAAUUAUAUUUCGUAAAAUUUACUCUGGUUAGUUUUCUUUCGUCUCAUUUUGCAAUCUACCUACUUCAUGCGACGCUAAACGUCACAUUGGCGCCCAUACUGGUUAUUUCUGAGCUGUGCAUUAUUGAAGCAAGUCCUUGGCCUUUUUCUCCUCUUGGUUUUCAUUGGUGUUGGUGGCUUUCUAAUAUUAGCACUUGUAAUUCAUCUAGUUUUUAAGUCUGAUUUGAGCAGUUGUUUGGUACGUGGUUGUCAGUUUCUCACUUCAUAUAGUUAUAGCAAAAUUCUUGUUUAAAAAAAAAAAAAAAAAAAAAAACACUACACUUCACUUAUUCCGAUUUAAAAUAAUUUUAAAAUUCUAUCGUAUCUCACAUUCCACUUACUUAGCAACUAAACCUAACUGCUUUUUAAUCAAUUGUAAUCAAAACACACACUUUUUACGUUAAGAUUUAAACAUGUCGUACCCAAUUAAAUAUUUGUCACUACAAAAAGCUGAGCUUGAAUAUGAGGUGAUCCUUAGAGGUGGUUCAACUGGUUCGGUGCAGGACCUCCGAAGCCAGAUAGUAAAAUUGGCCAUACCUCCUGAGGACAUUUUGGAAUCACAUUUAGAGCCUGCGGUUGACCUUGAUGCUGUUAAAGACAGUCUAACAAAAUCCCAAACGAUGCUAGCAUCCCUCAAAUCUAAAUUUGAUAAGACCCUGUUCUUGCGUACCGAAAAUCUACUACACCACAUAUAUCACAGAUUAAGGCGUAUCUCAAACGUUAGUGCCACGUUAGUUGACCAGCACAAAAAUUAUUGCACUACCUUUAACAACCAAUACAAAGAAAUUACGACGUUGAGGCCGGCAUCAACCUCAAAUGCAAAUGCAGUCUCAGUUUUGGAACCUGAAGCUACGGCGGUACUCCACUGUGAUCGUAACCUGACUUCUGACUUGGCAAAACUAAAGUACUCUGGAAAAGCCUGCGUUUUUUCUUUCAUUCAAAGAGUUGAAGAAUUCGUAGAGGUUAGGAAUAUAUCAAAGGAUCGUGUAUUGAAGUUUGCCUACGAGAUUUUCACUGAUGACGCAUUACAUUGGUUCCGUUGCAAUAAAGAAAGUUUUCAAAGCUGGGACGAUGUCGUCGUCCUAUUAAAAAAAGACUUUAGUCCAAAGAAUUACGACUAUCGCCUGACUAAUGAAAUAAAAUAUCGUACGCAAGGGGAACAAGAAAACAUUUCUAUUUACUUGUCUAUUAUGCAUGGCAUGUUUUCGCGAUUGGUUAAACCGUUGUCUGAGGAAGAAAAACUCGAAAUUAUCUUACAUAACAUCCGGCCAUGUUAUGCCAGCACCCUAGCCGCUUCACCUGAGAUCAAGGACCUAAAGACAUUAAAAACCCUUUGCACAAACUAUGAGGACAUUCAGUCACGCUUAUCCUUGUUUCAUGAACCGCCUAGGGUGACUUCUGAGACUCUAGCCCCAGAAUUUGCCUACACUAAAUAUCAUAAAAAUAAUAUCUACUACACAAAUAAAAACUACCAAAAUACAAAUUCAAAUGAAAAACAGAAAAACUACUAUAAUCAAAACAAAUAUCCUAACUACUCGAGCUCUUACAACUACAACAAAUCUAAAACUACAGAGGAAAAGCCUACUACUACUAAUGCUGUACAAGCGACAGCAAACAGUACAAAAAAUGUCAACACUGCUAGUAACUCGCGUAAGUACUGUCCUAGGUGUCGCACUGAUACACACUCUUUGAAAGAAUGCAAACAGCCACACUUCCCUAUCUGUUUUAAAUGUGGUAAUAAAGGUGUACGCUAUCCUGAUUGUAAAUCCUGUAAUCCUAAAGAUGCAAAAAACUAAAUUCAGUGGAUUGUAGUGUACAUAAUCUUUCUAAAAAAUCUAGUGAAAACUUUAGUGAUUCAGAGUGGAAAUCUUGGCUCAACUUCAUAUCUAAAUUUUUCACUUGCUAUUCAGUCACUGCAAUCCACGAUUCAGAUAAUAUACAUAACAGACCGUAUGUCUCAGUUCAGAUUAAUGGUAAAACUAUCCAUGGUUUGUUAGAUACGGGUAGUGGUUAUACAAUUCUAGGUAAUAACUAUCAUAAAGUUUUCUUGGAUGCGGGUUUCAAGCUCAACAGUACGGAUACGAUAAAUUUAUUCGCAGCUGGCAGGCAUAGACUAAACAAUAUUGGUAUGAUCAAUCUGCCUGUCUCGUUCUUAGAUCAAACCCACAUCUUGAAGGCCUACGUCGUACCAGAAGUCGAAAACUCCUUGAUAUUAGGCAUGGACUUCUGGAGAAUUUUCGAAUUGUUUCCUAAAAAACUAGAUUCCGUAAUUUUACCUAGGGAUGUUGAUAAAUUAGCCUCUCUAUCACUAGACCCUCAACCUACACACUUAUGUGACUAUGAUCAUCUUUCGCCUGAGCAAAAAGUUACGGCUGAUCAUAUCACUGCGCAGUUUCGUAACAUUUCAUAUGAAGAACGUGGUCUAGGCCGCACUUCUCUAAUUGCUCACAAUAUAGAUACCGGUAAUGCUGUUCCUGUUCGACAAAGAUACUACAGAAUGUCUCCUGAAAAACAAAGAAUACUAAACACUCAGCUUGAUGAAAUGUUGCGUGAAAACGUGGUAGAACCUUGCGAGAGCCCUUGGUCGUCCCCUGUUCUGUUGACACCUAAAAAAAAUGGCGAAAUGAGAUUCUGCUUAGAUAGCCGUAAAUUGAAUGCAGUUACCAUCAAGGAUGCUUACAGUAUUCCAUACAUUUCUGAGAUACUCGACAAUCUGCGUGACGCUAAAUAUCUCUCUAGUUUAGACUUGUCAAAGAGUUUUUGGCAAAUUCCUAUUAAGGAAGAAGACCGGUGUAAAACGGCGUUUUAUAUUCCUUCGCGUGGUACCUUUCAGUUUGUUUCUAUGCCCUUUGGCUUAACCAAUGCUCCAGCGACGCAACAACGACUGGUUGAUAUGUUGUUCUAUGGGCCUGAUUUUGAGCAUAAAGUCUUUGUCUACAUCGACGACAUUAUCAUUGUCUCAUCGACCUUUGAAGAACAUAUCUCCCUAUUAGUUAGAGUUCUAGAGAAACUUAAAAUGGCAAACUUAACCAUUGGUUACCAAAAGUGUCAAUUCUUCAGAAAUAGACUGAGUUAUUUAGGAUAUGUAGUAGAUGGAAAUGGACUACAACCGAACCCAGAAAAGAUUGAGGCAAUCAUUAACUAUCCAACUCCUACUAAUCGCAAGGAAGUUCGUCGGUUUAUUGGAACGGCAUCAUGGUAUCGCCGUUUUAUUCCAAAUUUCAGUUCUAUAGCUGCACCUCUAAAUAAACUUACUUCACAAGCUAAAAACUCACCCCCUUUUAACUGGUCUACCGAUGCUGAAGUCGCCUUCCGUACGCUAAAGGAAGCCUUAGUAUCUUCUCCUAUAUUGUCGUGCCCGGAUUAUACGCAGCCGUUCCAAGUGCAUACAGAUGCGAGCGAUUACGGCGUGGGUGCGGUCCUGACACAGGUCAUAGACAAUCAAGAGAAGGUUAUAGCGUACAUGAGUAAGUCUCUCUCUAACCAAGAGCGUAACUACAGCGCAACAGAACGAGAGGCACUUGCAGUACUUACAGCGAUUGAACACUGGAGGUGCUACUUGGAGAACGGCAAAAAGUUCGUCGUGUAUACCGAUCACUCGUCACUUAAGUGGUUUCUAAAUCUAAAUAAUCCCACGGGUCGUUUAGCCCGUUGGGGAGUUCGUAUGUCCUCAUUCAACUUUGAGAUCAAGCAUCGUCGUGGCUCAGAAAAUGUAGUACCAGACAGUCUCUCCCGUUCUGUUGCUAUUGCCGAGAUUGAUGAGAUCCCAACUAGUCCUGACAUGUUUUAUUCUACAAGCGACUCGUGGUAUCUAAAUAUUUACAACGGUUGCCAAAACACUCCUACUUCAUUUUUAAAUUACAAAGUAACUAACGGCAGACUAUUUAGGUUUAAAAAAAGUCUAAAUCCUUUAACUCGAGAGUUCGAGUGGAAAGAAGUCAUUCCCCUCGAAUUUAGACUCGACAUUAUUAGUAAAAAUCAUUCAGAACCUACCGCUGGCCACUUUGGCAUAUAUAAAACACAUAAACGGCUUUCUUUAAACUACUUCUGGCAGGACAUGCAUCGCGAUGUAGUUAAAUUUGUUUCUAAUUGUGAUAUUUGCUGUGCUCACAAGCAUGCUACUCAUGCUACUCUAGGCAUUAUGGGCCGUCCUAAAGACUGCUCACGCCCUUUUCAAAUGUUAAGCAUGGAUCUCAUAGGUCCCCUACCCCCAUCGAGAAAACAGAACACUUUUAUAUUUGUUGUGACAUGCUGUUUCUCGAAGUACUGUUUAUUAUUUCCCAUUCUUCGCGCAACCUCCGAGAUAAUAGCUAAGUUAAUCGAGGAAAAAGUUUUCCUAGUUCACGGCGUGCCUAGUACUGUUCUUAUGGACAAUGGAAAGCAGUUCACAAGUAACGUGUUAAAGAAAUUGUUUAAUGACUACAAUGUCCCUAACGUAAGAUUUACGCCUAAAUAUACUCCGCAAGUGAACACAGUAGAACGAUACAACAAAGUGAUUAUUACAGCAGUAUCAUCCUACAUUGAAAACGACCAUAGGUUCUGGGACUGCAAUCUACCUAAAAUUCAAUUCGCUAUGAACACAUCCAGUAAUGAGGUAACAAAAUACACCCCCGCGUUUCUCGUUCAUGGACGGGAAUUGGUCACUAGCGGUUUACACUAUAUUGACCCAGAACUAGAUGACGACAUAAUAUUUACUCCUAGAGAUGAAUAUGCAGAGAAUCUAGGUCAUUUGCGGAAUUUUUUUGAUAAGGUUCAAUCUUCUCUAGUGCAAGCCCAUACUAGGAAUAGCGAACACUAUAACCUACGCCGUAAAGAUCAUGAUUUUAAAGUUGGCGAUACUAUUUGGAAAAAAACGUUCUACCUUAGCGACAAAAACAACAUGUUUGCGAAGAAACUUGCACCGAAGUAUUGUCCAUGUAAGAUCGUUGCUAAAAAGUCUAAUUUAGUAUACGAACUAGAAGACAUGCAAGGGAGGAAUAUAGGUAACUGGCAUGUUAAAGAUUUUAAGAUCACCAACUACAAAGUUUAAUAUGAUUAAGUAGUCCCCUAUGUACGAUUUCUACAUUAACUGUCUAAAUUUAUUCACUAGCCUCAUGAAACUGACGUAUAAGCGCUGGCACAUACUCUAAAUACACCAACUGUUAGAUUAGAUUAUUUAUACUUUGUAAACCUCUACCGGUUUGUGAAUUUCAGGCCUAUCAGUAGGCUAUCAGGUCUUCUAAACAGCCUGUAGUAUGAUCUAGACCACUGAGGUUAGUGAUUAAUAUAUUUAAGAACCAUUAAUAAAUACAUGAGAGUAUUUAUACAAUCGUAAGUAUAAUACUCAAUCUGCUAGGACGCAAAAACAUAUAUAGAAAUGUUUAUUGCUUAUUUGGCUGUGUGAUGCAUGUAUGAAGAGGAGGUGUAUGUUGAGAUUGAAGCCUGAAUGAUGACUAGUGUAUCUAUUGAGUAGACAACAGAAAUAGCGGGUUUUCCUAGCAAAAACCCUAACCUAAAAAGAGGGGUAUGUAACGGUUUACCGUUAUUUCCAAUUAAAAUUCUACAAAAUAAGAAAUAAACUUAAACCUAAAUAUAACUAUAAACUACUAUAAUACAUAUUUCAUACUUAUUAUCUAAAAAAAUAUACACAAAAACCUUGAAAACUAAUAUAUACAAAAUAAAUCUACGAACAAACAGAAUUGACGACUGCAUUUGCUAUUAGGUAAAACUAGAUGCGAAUACAAAGGACUACGUCACCCGGCUCGCGAUAAGCGAUGUGAACCGGCCAGCUAAUGAGACACAUACGCGUCCGAGACAUUGCUACCACGGCUUUGACAGCGAGAGGUCAAAUCGACUAAAUUCAAAGAUACAAUUUUACAGUCAUGAUGUGACAAAUUUUUAAUAUGGUGUAAAAUUUAUUCUAAUAUUAAAUGUGUUAAGUUCCAGUAUUUCCCCAAAUAGGGUGAGUGUUUUGAAUAUUUUGUAGUUUUAAGAGAUAGGUAACUUUCAUAGUAGUAAAUUAAGGAAUCAUUUUCUUCUUGCCAUCACAUUUUCAUUUAGUUCUUUCUGGGUACAUUUGGCUAUCACUAUCUGCUUAUUAACUGUAAUUUUCCUAUAAAA